UUCCAGUUUUAUUUGUUAACUAGAAUUCAUUGCAAUGGCAGCGAAAAUCCUCCUUUGCGUUUUUGCCCAAGUUUUGCUUAUCCAGAGCAUCUCAGCGUACUGUGCUGGCAGCGCAUACAAUGCUGCGUUGAACGCACCAUUCGCCGCUGAUGCUUACGCAACUGAGAGAUAUGCAGCCAACCGCAUCGCUUCCGACCGUUAUGGAGCUGAACGCUUAGCCGCCGACGCUUACGCUACUGAAAGAUACGCAGCUGACCGUGUUGCUGCUGACCGUUAUGCCGCUGAUGCCUAUGCCAAUGAAAGAUACGCUGCUGCCGCCGGUGCACCAUUCGCUGGACCCUACGCAUCACCUUUCGCCGCUUCUCUUGCUUCGCCAAUGGCCUCAUCUUUAGCCUCUUCAGUAGGUAGUCCAUUUGCAUCCCCUCUUUCUGGUGCCUUUGCCGGACCCAUGGCUUCAUACGGAGAAAUUCCUUUAAGUUACGCAUCUGCCGCUGCUGCCUCCCACGGUGGUUCCCUCCCAGUUGCCAGUUCCUCCCCGAUCCCCCCCAACGGUGUGUCUGUCUUCUCAGAGAACGCUAUUGAAGGUGCCUUAGCUGUGACCGGUCAAUUACCCUUCUUGGGAACAGUUGCUUUGGAAGGUGCUUUGCCCACGGCUGGAUCUGGCGCAGUUAACUUUGGCUCUGGUAACGGCAAUGUUGCUAUCCUGAAUGAGGAUGCCUCCGGAUAUGGUUACGAAUCAAUGGCUUAUGGUUACGAACCAAUGGCCUAUGGUUACGGACGGGGACUUGGCUGCGGUGCCCGUUACUAAGUUCUUUGAUAUUCUUUGAAAAAGAAUGAUUAUAAUAAAUAUAUAAUGCAAGA